CUCAUACACUCAAUUAAUAUUCUAAAAUAUAGGUUAAUUAAUUUAUUAAUUAUUUUAAGAGGGGAAAUAUGCCGUGAGAUUAUAUUUUUAAUAAGAAAAAAAAAUGGUGAUAUUUAAUUCUAUUUUUAUAGCAGGCUGGUCAACAUGUUGGGUAGACCAAUGAGAUAACCCAGCACAAUCUUUGCUGACACAGGAGAACUCCCUUCCUUUAUGAAGACUCAGUGGAUUUCAGUCACUUUAUACUCAGAAGUAACAUGUCAGUAUCACUGGUUUCCAAAUGCUCUCAUUAUAUUAUUUUAAGCACUUAUUUAAACAUCUAAAUAAAUGCCUGCAACUUCCUAUAUAAAUUAUACAUUAUUAAGAAGACAUAGCUGCAGCGAUAAUUUAAUUACAGCUACAAAUUUAAUUAACCAACUAGUAGCCUUGUUCUCCUUCGUAGCACUUAGCACAAUUAUGCUUAAUUAAUUUUUGUAAUUAUGGUAAUCUCUGUCCUGAUUAAUUUAUAAGAACCAAGGAAGUAGGAUUCAUGCUUGUGUGUUCCUUGUUCACAGACAGGUGUCUGAUGUUUAGCAUAGUUCCUGGGUCCUCGAGGGGCUUAACAGACAUUGGCUAACAGACUUAAGCUCCAUCUGGCCUGAUGGGCACAAUGAGAAUGAUGUGAGACACUCCUUUCUGGGCGCGACCCUGGGGAGCCCUGGGACUCCGCCCUUGGCCUCGAGUGUCUGAUCACCACACCGCAGCUGCUACUCCCCGACACUGAAGAGUCCUUCCUUUCUUUCCUACCUUCCACUUCCCUUCCUCCUUUUCCAUUUUCCUACUUUCCUUCCUUAGUUUUUCGUUCUCUUUUAUUCUCCUUUGUGUCUUUCCUUCUAUCCUUUAUCCAGCACUUUUUCUCGCUGUCACUCCUUCUUGACUGAUGGAUCGCCUCCUAUAUAAUUCUAUCUGUGCUGGAUCCUAGACAUAAAAGCAUAAGCAGAACCAGGCCGUUAUCUUUGGGAAUCUCACAGUCCAGUGAGAACCCACUGUCCCUUUCUCCAGCCCUUCACUGCAUCCUCGCCUCACCACCUCAGCUAAGAAACUCAGGUCAGGGUCCCGGCUGCAGCUCCAGUCACAGCCCAGGGCUUAAGCCCCAGCUCCUGAAGGUGCUUUCUACUUGCCGCUCUCUGACUCUGCCCCUCUCCCAGCAGCUUGGCCCACCUGCUUCAUGAGGAGGGACAACCUGACCUGGGGGAGUGAGUUUGUCCUUCUGGGGCUCUCCAGUGAUGGGCAGACCCAGGCUGGACUCUUUAUUCUGUUUGGGGCUACCUACCUGCUGACCCUGCUGGGCAACGGGCUCAUCAUCCUCUUGAUUGGGCUGGACACUCGACUACACCUGCCCAUGUACUUCUUCCUCUGCAACCUCUCAGUGGUGGACAUCUGCUCCAUCUCAAGCGGGGUCCCCCAGAUGCUGGUGCACUUCUUCCUGGAGAAGAAGACCAUCUCCUUCACCCGAUGUGCGGCCCAGCUCUUCUUCUCACUGGCCCUGGGGGGGACCGAGUUCCUGCUGCUGGCCGCCAUGGCCUAUGACCGCUACGUGGCUGUCUGUGACCCCCUGCGCUACAUGUCCAUGAUGGGCCCGAGGCACUGUGCAGGGCUGGCAGCUGUCUCCUGGCUUGUGGGUCUGGCAAAUUCUGCAGUGGAGACAGCAGUCAUCAUGCGCCUGCCCACCUGUGGGCACCGCGUGCUGAACCAUGUGGCCUGUGAGACGCUGGCACUCAUCAGGUUGGCCUGCGUGGACAUAACCAUCAACCAGGUGGUCAUAGUGGCCUCUAGUGUGGUGGUGCUUCUGGUGCCCUGCUGUCUGGUCUCACUGUCCUACGCCCACAUUGUGGCUGCCAUCCUACGGAUCCGCUCCGUGGGGGGACGCCGCAAAGCCUUCGGGACCUGUGCCUCCCACCUCACUGUGGUCUCCAUGUCUUAUGGGAUGGCCCUGAUGACCUACAUGCAGCCUCACUCCACAGCCUCAGCAGAGCAGAACAAGGUGGUUGUGGUCUUUUAUGCUGUUGUGACCCCCAUGCUGAAUCCACUCAUCUACAGCCUGAGGAACAAAGAGAUAAAAGCUGCUGUGAGCCGAGUUCUGAUGAAAAGCUCUGAAUCAAAAUUUUAG